GGCGUCCAGAAGACAAGCAGGCAGGAGGCAGAGCAGCCGCCCAUUCUGGGGACCCUGAGCCACCCUUCCGAGGGGUCUGUGCCUCCUGGGAGAGGGUUGGUCUCCAGGACGAGGGUCCACGGUGGAUGGCUCUGGGGAUACUCCCGAGGCUGUGCCAUCCCCCUGCUGCGCAGGUUGGAGGGUCACUGCAGAGGCUGCUCGUGGUCCCGGGGCUGGGGCCAAGGGAGCCUGCACUGGAGACCCAUGUGGAAGCCAAGGACACAGCCGCCCUGCUGAGAGCACGGCGGCCCACCCUUGGAGACCGUGACCUCUCGACGACGGUGGCCCUCCUCGGCCCUCCACCUCCGGCUGGGGCGGGGGCCGCCCAUCUCCAAGUCCCCAGCCAUGACGACAUCAGCGCUACGGCGCCAGGUGAAGAACAUCGUGCACAACUACUCGGAAGCGGAGAUCAAGGUGCGCGAGGCCACUAGCAAUGACCCGUGGGGUCCGCCCAGCUCGCUCAUGUCGGAGAUUGCCGAUCUGACCUUCAACACGGUGGCCUUUGCCGAGGUCAUGGGCAUGCUGUGGCGGCGGCUCAAUGACAGCGGCAAGAACUGGCGGCACGUGUACAAGGCGCUGACGCUGCUGGACUACCUGCUCAAGACAGGCUCCGAGCGGGUGGCCCACCAGUGCCGGGAGAACCUCUACACCAUCCAGACGCUCAAGGACUUCCAGUACAUCGACCGCGAUGGCAAGGACCAGGGUGUCAACGUGCGCGAGAAGGUCAAGCAGGUGAUGGCCCUGCUCAAGGAUGAGGAGCGCCUCCGGCAGGAGCGGACCCACGCCCUCAAGACCAAGGAGCGCAUGGCGUUGGAGGGCACAGGCAUCGGCAGCGGGCAGCUGGGCUUCAGCCGUGCCCGCGGUUCCCCGUCCUCCUACAACUCCUCCUCCUCAUCUCCCCGCUACACCUCCGACCUAGAGCAGGCCCGGCCCCAGACGUCAGGAGAAGAGGAGCUGCAGCUGCAGCUGGCCCUGGCCAUGAGCCGCGCGGAGGCUGAGAAGGAGGUGAGGUCCUGGCGGGGAGAUGACUCCCCUGUGGCGAAUGGUGCUGGGGCCGGACCCCACCGUCGUCGGGACAGAGAGCCCGAAAGAGAAGAGAGAGAAGAGGAGAAGCUGAAAACCACCCAGUCCUCCAUCCUGGACUUGGUGGAUAUCUUCGCACCAGCCCCGGCCCUGCCCUCCACACACUGUUCUGCGGACCCAUGGGACAUCCCAGGUCUCAGGCCCAACACAGAGCCCAGUGGCUCGUCCUGGGGGCCUUCGGCAGACCCCUGGUCUCCAGUCCACUCAGGAAGCAUCCUGUCCCAAAGCCAACCCUGGAACUUGCCCCCUGUGUUCUCCUCUGAGCCCUGGGGCCGGACCCCAGUGCCGCCUGCUGGACCACCCCCCACAGACUCCUGGGCACAGAACUCCCCCCACCACAAACUCCUCAACACUGGGGCCGACCCCUGGGGGGCGCUGGUGGAGACCUCCAACACACCUGCGCUGGCUGGUACCUCGACCUUUGACCCAUUUGCCAAGCCUCCAGUAUCCACAGAGACCAAGGAGGGGCUAGAGUGUGCCCAGGCCCUGCCCUCCGGGAAGCCCAGCAGUCCUGUGGAGCUGGACCUGUUUGGAGACCCCGACCCCAGUUCCAAGCAAAAUGGCACAAAGGAGCCAGAUGCCUUUGACCUGGACGUGCUGGGGGAAGCACUAACCCAGCCCAGCAAGGACACCCCAGCGCGCCGGACUCCUGAGUCCUUCCUGGGCCCCUCGGCCUCCUCCUUGGUCAACCUUGACUCAUUAGUCAAGGCGCCCCAGGCUGCAAAGACCCGGAACCCCUUCCUAACAGGUUUCAGCACUCCAUCUCCCACCAACCCGUUCGGCGGGGGCGACCAGGGCAGGCCGACCCUGAACCAGAUGCGCACCGGGUCGCCAGCGCUGGGCCUGGCGGCCGGUGGGCCGGUCGGCGGCUCCAUGACCUACAGCGCCUCCCUGCCCCUCCCGCUUAGCAGCGUGCCGGCCAGCGGGACCCUCCCCGCCUCGGUCAGCGUCUUCCCCCAAGCCCGCGCCUUCACGCCGCCGUCCCCUGGGAGCCUGCCGCAGCCUCUGCUGCCCACCUCAGGCUCCGCCGGGCUGCUCAACCAACCCCCGCAAGCCAGCACCAACCCUUUUCUUUGAGCAACGCCCCCGCCUCGGAGGUGGCCGGCGCUUGCGCGUGAGGCCCCGCCCCCCUGACGUGAGAGGGGAGGGGCUGCCACGCCAGGACCCACCCCGGGAAGGAAGGAAGGUUGAGAGACUGCCUCGAGGCUGGCGCAGAUCCUGCUCGCUGGCCUCCGCAUCCUACUGACGACCUCACUGGGGCCGAGACCACGCCUCGUAGUAAAGACUGGAA